UUCAUCAAAAGAUUUGUGUAUAUGAAUGUAUGUAUGUACAUACAUUUGUAUAUACUAAAUAUGUAUGAUGUGCGAGGACAGAUGUAACUUCAAUAUAGUAUCCAGCUCAUCUCUCUGAGACACGUUAUCUUUUUAUCGUUUAAUGUAUACCCUUACAUACAUACAUAUAUUUACAAUAUCGCAUUGUAAGCGCUUUUAUGGGCUGGAAUAUUAACCAACUAAAUUUAUGCUUGGCUGUAAUUGUUAAACGAUAAUUUAUUGUUAGUUAUUUUAGAAUAUAUUAUUUAUAUAUAUAUAUGUAUAUAUAUAGAUAAUAAUUGUAGGUAAAAUUGUGAAAAAAAUGUGACACAAACACAUACUACAUACAAUAUGUCAAUAUGUAUGAAAGCCAAGCUCGCUAACGAUCAGCAAAUAUGUAAUCAUAAAGUAUACACAUAUGUACAUGUACAUAUGUAUAAUAUUAUAUAUAACAUGAAUGUUAGUCGAGCAUAAUAUGAAUAUACAUAUUUACGUAUGUACACAUAUAAUAUAAACAUAUAAACAUAUGAACUAACAGAAAGAUGGUAAGAGUGAAUCAGAAUCUUUCCUCUUUUUAUUAUACUGUAUGGUAGGUUUUAGUAAACAUACAUAUGUACAUAUGUAAAUAUGUACAUAUGAACAUAUGUAUAUACAUGUGUGCGUAGUCAACGAUGUGCAAUAGAUAGAUAAACGAUUUUAUUCAAAUAAGCAUACUUGUGUAUUUGCAAUUUUUUAGUCAUUUUUAAAUGUUUGGAAUGAAUAUGGAAAUGCACAGACAUUAAGGAGUUAAGGCUAUUGUGAUCUGCGUUUGAAAAACGUUUAGAUAAGCGUAAUUUUAUAAAUAUACAUACAUAUUAAAAAAAAAGCUCUUAGUGAUACAUUUAUAAAUACAUAUGUAGCAAAUAACUGUUCUUAAAUAACAAUGAUUAACAGGAAAUUCGAAAAAUGUAUAAAUCUUAUGUGAUAUUUAUUAACACAAAAAAUUAUCGAAAUUCAGAUAACUCUAUUCGGAAGCAUGAUUAGGCCAUUUUCAAACGAUUCAGUGGAAUUUAAUGCAUGCAAUAUUGAGAAUACAUCGAGCAACCAGGGUGACGUAAUUUGGUGGAACUGUUGGCUGAUGUAAUUUCCAGUAAACGUCAUCGAGAAGAUCAUUUUGCCAACUUUUUAAUUGACUUUCAAAAUCAUUGUCUCAAUUUCUAAAUGUAAGAAAACUAGUCAUCAGAGCGGAGCGAAGAGGGAGUGUCCAUUGAAUGGAUUCAAUUUGUGCUUCGGUGUUUUUUUUUUUUUUUAAAUAACAUUUAUUUACUUGUAAGUCUAUAUUCACGUGCACACUUUUGUAUAAUCGCAUACAUACAUUGUAUAUGAGCAUGCGCGAACAUGCUUUGUUCUCCUUAAGCAGCUUUUUAGUGAAUGGGUCCAUAAUACGUGUAGAUGAAAAUAGUCCUUCCGCAAAAAUCAAAUAAUUAUGAGCAUAGCGCAUUUCUAUAUUCUAUUAGCUUAACAAUUUACUGCAGAUAUAAAAACAGAAUCAAUUUUAUUUUUACCGAAAUGAACAUAUAAUUUUUUCAAAGAAACCCAAAGUUUUGACCCUGAAAAGUCAACACAAAUUAAAUAAAAAUGAAAAACAAUAACAACGUGGAGAAUUGAGGAACAUUUAAAUUGUGUACUUAAUCCGAGGAAAAGAUGAAAAAUAUUUGUUGGUGCUUUUAUUUGACGUUCAAGCAGGCAAUUGAGCAAAUCAGUUUGUGUGAAUAUACUUGCCGGUUUUGGAAUUGUAUGUAUGUAUAUAGUCUUGUUUACAUCUGUUGCUAGCUCCUAAAAUUGUUAAUACCGCUAAACAAUUCCUGGUAGCUCGUAUGUCUCACGUAAAUUGUUUAUUAGAACAGUAUGAAUUUUUAUUGGAAUGAUACAUUUACUUACUUAAAAUAUGAGUAAUAAUUUGACAUUUAACUUUUUACUGACGUACCGCUCGUCCCCCUAAUACCCUUCAAUUCCAUUAAAGCGCUCACAAAAAGGUUAGGAGUAAUUAAGUAGGUUAUACAAAUUUGGGUACAUGAUUAAGUUGAUUCAAAAAAUGUGUGAUAAAUAACGAAUAACGUUACUUCGUCGAUGGGAAAAAUAAAUUUUUUUUUUUUUUACAAAAUUACCUGUUGGGAAAAAGUUCAAUUACUCAUCUUUUAAAAAAGUUACUUAACAAGUGUGUAAAAAGAUAUAAAAUGUAAUUAUAAAUAAUUUGGUCAGUAUUUCAAUUAUUAUGAUUUUUUUGGUUACUAUAUUUUCUCGUUAUUUUUUAAGAACGUAUUUAUGAGAGUAUAUGAAGGCAAUUGAAUGUAGCUUGAAGCGUUUCAUGGAUAAACCAUAAUUUUUUAUAUGUAAUAAUUUUGAAGAUAACUAGUCAAAUGUAUAAAUAUAUUGAUAUAAAAGAAAUUCAUCUCAUAUUGAAUUUGUCCCUUCAUCCACCCAAAAUAUUCCUUAUCACAUGAAUAAAACAGCCUUGAAAAUCAAUAAAUCAUAUAUUCUUUAUAGUUUUAACAUAUUUAAUUAAUAAACAUUAAACUUAAGUUCUUAUUCAAUCGUUGAUCUUGAAGGUUGUGGUCUUUUCGUUGGUUUUUAUGUAUUAAUUUAAGAUAAUAUUUUCUAAAUUUAAAAAUAAAUUGAUAUAAGCAUGGGUGUAUGUACAUAUAUUUGUAUCAUACAUAUGUGUACAUGCAACAAGAUGUAUGCAAGUUCUGUUCUAUGCAGGAAUUAUUGAUUUUUUCGACCUCUCGUAAAUACAUACUUACAAUAUAUUGAUACAAAUAUUUUUUAUUGAUGUUUGUGUUUUUGUUUUUCUUAUAAUAACUAGAUGUACAUAUUUCGAGCAUCAUAUAGGCCUAUGUACAUACAUAGGUAUAUAAUGUAUGUAUAUUUUGUAUGUAUGUAAUUAGUCGCUGAAGAAAGAAGGUAAUAUCUUCAAUAUGUGCAAUAGCUAUUAUAUGUGAUAAUAUGAAACUAAUAUAUGUAUGUAGUUUAUUAUUCUUAUUUUAUUAAAUUAAAAUUUCAUUUUGUUUUGAAACAACAAAGAAGUCCAUGUUAUUUUAUGGCAAUGAAAGAUAUGUAUUUAAGUAGUAAGUGCAUAUACAUGUACUAUAUGUAUGUAUAUAUUCGGAAUAUAUAAUAUGUAUGAAUACAUUUAAGUUAGUUGUACGAUCAAAACUCAUCUUUCCCCUUUAGCGAGUGUUGUUAAAGUUUAUUGUGGCAAAAAGUUUAACAGCACAAAUUUAACAAACUAAACAAAAUAUUUAUGACCAAAAUUGCUUUUGUACGAAAACACACAAACACACACACACACACACACACCAGCUUGAUAAAUGUAAAAUAGCAAAUUAGUUUUAUUUAUAAUUAUUUUCGCUUAAAUCGAUGGCAUAAAUAAAACUAUACAUACAUAUAUACAUAUGUGUGUUUGUCAAAAUAAUCAUUGUGUGUAUUAGGUAUAAUAGAAAUGAAAAUAUGCAUACAUCAGAUUGGUAGGCGGAAAUAUCUAAUUGAAUACAAAUGUGAAUAUAAACAAAUUGAAACAUCAGGUAUAUAAGUAUAAUCGGUACAUAUUAGGGAUAACUGUUAUAUUCAGUGAAUACCAUACUAAUUGUACAAUAUACAUAUAUGUAUAUAUUUGUAUGUGCAUUUUCUGUUAUAUAACUAUAAAUAUGUAUGUAUUGUGCAUACACAUAUGCCGUUACCACUUUUAUUUCGCAAUAACAUAUUUAUCUAAUGAGCUGUGAAUACAAAAAUAGUUAAAUAAGAAAGCGAAAGAUGAAAUAGCGAUAAAAAUAUCUUAUGUGAUUACAUACUUGUGAUUGUAAUUAAAACUUAACAUUUUCCAAAAAAUUUUCAAUGAUUUACAAUGACGGCCUUGACAAUGCGAAUUUCGCAUUUGCGUGAAAAUGAAUUAAAUUAGUUAAACUUACAUAAAAUACAUACAAUAAUACGAGAAAAUGUUCGUCAUGAAAGCGUUUUAUAUUUUAGUCAAGAAUUAUUAUGAAACAAAGCAAUUUCCUAGGCAAUUUACCAGCAUAAAAGAAUUCACAAUUACUAAUUUUUGGCACAUGAAUUUGCAAUGUGGCUCAUACACACCAGAUGAAUUAUUUAUUUAGGCUUUUUUAAAGAAUAUGUACGGCGCAAAAACCAACAUGAAAAAAUUGCAUAGUUGAAAUGCCCCACCCUUGUGAAAAAAUGCCUUUUGAAAACUGUGAAAUGCGAAUGAGCAUAAUUUUAUACAAAAAACAUAGAUAAUUAAGAAACGUUUCACCGUUAAGAAAUUUUGUCUGUCGUACAUGAUGUCGAUGUCGAUGUUGUAUAGGAAAUAUGGCAUGCUUUAUUCAAAUGAAAUGAAAUAGUUUAAUGUGAACUUGACGUAAAAAAAUAUUAGUUCGAACUAUUGUACGAAUUAUUCGUUGAUAAUGAAUAAAUGGAAAAAUGGAAAAAUGGAAAAACACAAAACAAAGAAACAAAGAAACAAACCGUUGUAAUGUUGCUUGCACUUAUGAACUACUUAAUUUGAAAAUAUUUAACUAAACAAAAUUAAAAUUAGAGUAUUAAGAAAACGAAAUGCCUACAAACAUAAAACACAAACUUCACCUUAAUUCAAAACUAUUCAAAUAUAUUAAACAUUUAUAUUUAAUUGUUGUAGCCGCUGAAACGAAAGUAACUAUCUAAAAAGUAUGCAUACUUAAAAAACGAAUAAAUAUAGAAAAUGCAAAAUGUAUAAGGAGUUUUAUUUCAAACUGAUCGAAUUUACUCGAAAGAAAAUGAAGUUCAAAGGAAAAUAUGCACAUGUAAAAGGUUCCCGGAUACGCUUUUAGAACAACUAAACUCUAGCACGGAAGUGCGGAGUCGCUAUUCUCUGGAAAUGCUUUCAACACACUUCUAUAUGGGCUUGUGGUCUUAUAGGCUGCAUUUAUAGGCUGGAUAUUGAAAUUGGAUGCUACUGUAGAAAUUAUCCAAGACAUGUAUCCAAUCCUUGGGAGUCUACUGGGCGUUGACACAACCGUAACUGGCUCGGGCGCUAACCUACCGGGGAUAUCAGGGUCUGGUGGUUUCAAUGUGCCCCCUUCCCGCCGACUCGUGCCGCCUGUAAAUGAUUUGUAUGCAUAUCUUAAUAAUAACAGCAGCGGCGCGGCAUCGUUGCUUCAACGCGAAAGUUUUAUGCAGUGCAAGCAUUGCAAUCGCUUUUAUAAAUCUCAUCAGAAAUUGCAGGAACACGUGCGCAAGUAUUGCCUUAAGGAGAAGAAGUACAAGUGCAUUUCGUGCGAAUAUCGUUCGCGCCGGAAGGAUCACGUGCUCCGGCAUGCUAAACGCAAACACUGCGACUUGUAUGCAGCUUUGCGCGACAACGAAGAAAGUCUCUACGAAAUACGUACCGAAGAAGAAGGAGAUGAGCAAUCUAGAUACGAAGACAAUACAGUCGACCACGACGGUAUCUAUGGUGAUGGUGAUGGUGCUAAUGGUGGCGAAGGGGUCGAUGUCGUUCCAGUUAGUGCACUAGUCGAUGUAGAUCAUUUCAAUUUCGGCUUCGGCAGCAGAGAACUAACAAUUACCGCUGUACCUAUAUUACAAGACAGUGAAGAUGAGGACGAUGACGAUAAUUAUGAAGACGAAGAUGAAUGAAAGGACGAUAGGAGAGAUGCUUGUAUUAAUCAAAGUUAACGUUUAGUGCAGUUGAAACGGAACUCAAGCGAGUAUAGCAUAUUUUCGAUGUACUGAAGUUUCAUGCGGGGAAAGAAGCUAAAAUAGCUCUCAAAUAUCCUCGAUAAAGUUUUUACUCAAAAUGAUCAGCGGCAUUAUGAAAUGAAAUGUACAUACACUGCUUAGAUUGUUAGAAUUAUCAAAUGUUCAUUAUCGACGGACAUUUUCGUUCCCUGUGUCUCACUUUCCAUGAUAUACUAUAUCGGCGCUUCAGCUGCUUGCAGCCUUUUUUUUUAUAAGAUAUGCGUAGUAUAAUAGAUGUGUAAAUUGUAAAUUCAUGUAGAUAAGUAUGUGGGCAUGAACAUUUAUGUAGAUGCGCACUUUAGAAGAGGUGAUAUUUAUGCGAAUGAAGGAAUUAUUUAUAUACAUUUCGAUUUUCGACAGCUCAACAAAUAUAUGAAGACAAUUGCUCAAAGCCUACCAUCCACAACACAACAACAUACAUAGAUAUUUUCUGCCCCUUUUCGCCCUAAUAUGGGACAAACACGCACAUAAACGUAACUCAUAAUGUAUUUGAAUAUAUCUUUCUUCACAUCUUUAUUCGCAGCAUACAAAAUUUUUGAGAACCUCCGAAGUUAGCUUUCGGGGGACACAAUUUUUUACGAGUUACUGUGUUUGUAAAGCGAAGGAUAAAUGAAACGCGGAAGUAUAGUAUUGGUAGAUUGUUACCGACGCUUGAAUUUACCCUAACUACGAUGGAAAGGGGACAUGGUGAAUAAUUGUUCCUUAAGUAACUUUUUGCAAACUGUUUUUCGGAAAAAUUAUAAAAAGUAAUUUUCGCCACCAUACGAUCUGCACACAUGCACACUUUGAAAUUAGAAAGAAAAAAAUGACCUUAUCUAUAAAAAGCUGUAUAGCGUAAAUUUUCUUAAUAUAUUUGAACAUACUCUUAUGUAUACACAUUCAUAUAAACAUAUGUACGUAUGUAUUGUAUGUUUGGGAGUUAACUUCUCAGGGAAUUCAAGGCUUAAGCUGACUUUGUUGCAUAUUUAUGUAUGUAAUUUGUUAGAUAUGGUUAAAAUACCAAAAUAUUUUAUGUGCUAAUACAAAUACACAUACAUACAUACAUAUUUAUAUUGUGGUUUUGCAUUUUACCACACUGGUUCACUGUUAUGUACAUUUCUGUAUUUUUUUUUAGUAAUUUUAUUUUAUAUGUAUACACACACAUAAAUAAUUGAUUGAUUGAUAUAUUCAAUAAUUUUAAUUUAAUGUCAAUAAUUCUUGCCAUUUAUUUGCGAAUAGUAUGUACAAAUAUAUAUUGUAUAUGUAUAUAUUUUAUGUGAUAAAUCCACUUCCUUAGAGUAACCUACGCAUACAAUAUAAAUGUGCGAGCGGCAAGCUAUUCAAAUUAUCCUAAAUAUCAACAUAUUUUGCUAAAAAUAUCCUACGCACACCAACAAUUUCAAAAUCUUAAACAGGUGUCUGGAAUAAAUUAAAGAAACGGAUACACUUCGUAAUGCUACUUAGUAAACAUUAAUAUCUAAAACAAAAUCUAAUUAAAUCAUAUAAUAAUAAAUCUCUCGAGUAGUCAAAUAAAUGGGAUUUUUUGGAGUGGGAUAAUAUCAAAUAAAUAUUUAUCGACGGAA